UCUUUAUAAAAAACCUCUAACAAACUAUGGUUGUAUCUUUAGUUGGAUCAUAAUCUAAUGGAUCGGAUGGUUUGUUUGCACGCGAAGGACUGCUUCAUAGCGGUCGUUGCCCUGAAAUUCGUGUGACCUGUGGAGAUGCCUAAAGAACCCUAGUCACACGGAACACUCAGUGCCUGCACGCACGAGCGAAUUACCAGGCGUUUGCGAUGGGCGGAGAGGCCACGAAUGCCGGCGGCGGGGGUAUCCGCGCGCGGAUGGAGCACUACCUUUACAGUGGCGAGAAGAAGCACGUCGUCGCCGGCAUCGCCAUCUUCGCUGCCGUCUUCGGCGUCCCAUGGUACUUCAUGACGCGAGGGGCAAAGCAUCAAUCUCACCAAGAUUACAUGGAAAAGGCUAACAAGGCGAGAUCAGAGAGGCUUUCUUCUGGACAGUCAUCUGCACUAAAAGAAUGAAUGUUGUAUUGCCUAUUCUGGUCCCUGACCUUCAGAGCUUGUCAUAGAUCAUACACUGUAUUGAUUUGCACUCAACGGAUUUGAUCUGUUGUUAAAUAAGCAGGUUAUCUUUCUUUCUAAUAUCAGUUGUGGAAACGAGGUACGUUCCAAGAAUUUUGUCUACUGGUGAUCUUUUUUUGGGUCUAAUGAGCCUAUUACCGUAUCUUCAAGUUGCAGGUCA